UCUCAUUUCUCUCCACUCGAAACGUUCACAACAAUGAGAAGUCAUCAAACACAUUCUUCUUCAGCUGUUUCCUUCAUCUUCUUCCUCUUCCUAUUGUUCAGCCCCUUCUCAUUCUCUACGUCAAAACUAGAACCUGUUAAACAUAACCCUAAAAGGAAACAAUCAGUUUCAGCUAUUCUCGUUUUUGGAGAUUCGACCGUGGAUCCGGGCAAUAACAACUACAUCAAUACGAUAUUCAAAUCUGAUUUUCCUCCCUAUGGACUCGAUUUCAAAAACAAAAUUCCCACGGGUAGAUUUUGCAACGGUCGACUCGCCACAGAUUUCAUUGCUUCAUACCUUGGUGUGAAGGAGAAUGUGCCACCAUAUUUGGACCCAAAUCUUGGAGUAAAUGAGUUAAUAACUGGAGUUAGCUUUGCUUCAGCUGGAUCUGGAUAUGAUCCUCUCACUCCAACCAUUACUAGCGUGAUAGACAUUCCGACUCAGCUAGAGUAUUUCAAAGAAUACAAGAGAAAAUUAGAGAGUAAAAUGGGGAAAGAAAGAAUGGAGAAACACAUAGAAGAAGCUUUGUUUGUUGUAAGUGCAGGAACCAACGAUUUCGUCAUUAGUUAUUUCAUAGUUCCAAUACGAAGGAAGACUUUCACUAUCGAAGCUUAUCAGCAAUUCGUUAUAUCCAAUCUCAAGCAAUUUAUCCAGGGUUUAUGGAAAGAAGGAGCAAGAAAGAUAGUGGUGGUAGGUUUACCACCAAUUGGGUGUUUGCCGAUUGUUAUAACAUUAUUCUCCGGCGAAGCAUUGACUAACCGUCGUUGCAUUGACCGUUUCUCUGCCGUGGCUACAAACUAUAAUUACCUCUUACAAAAAGAAUUGGGUCUUAUGCAAAUGAGUUUGGCCGGAUCCAAGAUCCUUUACCUCGACGUUUAUAACUCAUUAUAUGAGAUCAUUCAUGAUCAUCACAAAUUCGGGUUUGAGGAAGGGAGCAGUGGAUGUUGUGGAAGUGGAUACCUAGAGACAUCGUUUCUGUGUAAUCCAAAGUCAUAUGUGUGUCCAAAUACAUCUGCUUAUGUCUUUUUUGAUUCUAUCCAUCCAAGUGAGAAGACUUACUUCAAUGUUUUUAAAUCUCAACGACGGAUCUAUGAUUCUAUUAUAGAAUUAUAGAUUGUUUCUGAUUAUGAUCACUGAUUCACUAUUAGCUGAUGUCAAUAAACUCAGACUUUUUUCUUCCAUUAUUAGUGAUGAGAUGUGCUACUA